AUGAUGAACACAUUAAUUCAGGUGACCUUCAUGAAACUCAAGGUUGACCUUGAGUGUGGGAAAUGCUACAAAAAGGUUAAGAAAGUUCUCGGCAAGUAUCCUCAAAUUCGGGACCAGAAGUUCGAUGAGAAGGAAAACAUGGUGAUCAUUACAGUGGUGUGUUGUAGCCCCGAGAAGAUCAGGGACAAGCUUUGCUACAAAGGUGGAGGCUCUAUCAAGAGCAUUGAGAUAGUGGACCCACCCAAGACUAAGCCCGCCGAGCCUGAGAAGAAGAAGGAGGCCGACAAACCCAAGCCCGAGGCCGAGAAAAAGAAAGACGCUCCCAAAAAGGAAGCCGAAAAGCCCAAGGCCGAACCCGAGAAGAAGAAAGACGGCGGGGAGAAGCCGAAGUCUGAGCCCGAGAAAAAGAAAGACGCGGACAAGCCCAAAGGAGAUGCUCCGAAAAAGGACGCUGAGAAGCCCAAGGAAAAGCCCGCGGCCGAGGCGGAAAAGCCCAAAGACAAGCCCGCAUCUGCUCCGCUACCCGCUCAGCCACAGAUGGCACCACCGAUGGCUGUUCCAGUUGGAAUGCUGUAUGCUCCGGCUCCAUGUUACGAAGGCAGGCCUGUUGGGCCUUGCUACGAAUACGGUAGGCCCAUGAACUACUAUGACGGGUACUAUGCAAGGCCCGUUUAUGACAGUUACGGUGGAGGCAGACCCUGUUACGCGAACAACCAUUGUGAUCAAUAUUUCAGCGACGAGAACCCUUCAGGGUGCACAGUUAUGUGA